AUGAAGUUCAUUUUCCACAGCUGGUGAUGGCGGAUGUUGUUGAUAAAGACACCAUGAAGAAUUACCACAUAGCGUCUGAGAAAAUAAACCCAGAGACCAGUCGUUACCCUUACUGCAUUGUGUGGACACCUAUCCCCGUGUUAUCAUGGCUGCUUCCGUUCAUUGGCCACAUGGGAAUCUGCACUUCCACUGGAGUCAUCCGGGACUUUGCUGGACCUUACUUUGUCUCGGAAGACAACAUGGCUUUUGGAAGACCAACAAAGUACUGGAUGCUUGACGUUAGCAAAGUGUACGCCAGUGGCUCCAACGCCUGGGACACAGCGGUACACGAUGCUUCAGAGGAGUACAAGCACAGGAUGCACAACCUCUGUUGUGACAACUGUCACUCACAUGUUGCCAUGGCUCUGAAUCUGAUGCGGUAUGAAAACAGCACCUCAUGGAACAUGGUCAACCUCUGCCUCCUUGCUCUGAUCCAUGGAAAACAUGUCAGCUGUGCAGGCUUUCUGAAGACCUGGCUGCCUUUCCUGAUGCUGAUGGGCAUCAUACUCACGGUGGCCCUGACCCUCAACCUGCGGUGACCUGGGAGGCAGGUUGAGGACACAGUGGAACCCCUGCAGGUCGGAUGAGAGGUUGACCAUUUAGACAACAAGGGGUGCAUCGCACGGUGUCGAGCAAAAGUAACCGAGGAGAUAAAGACUUUCCUCCUCCAAGCGGAGAUUGUGGAACGGGAAGGUCCAACACAUGUACACCAACACAUGCCUGGUUUGUGGAAAGCAGGCGGCCUGUUACUGGCAAUAGUCCAGUGGUGAAGCUGGAAUGCCCAGAGAUGUAAAUUCAUUUAUAUUCAGUCAUUUGCUUUGAGAGAAGUGACUGAACACUCCCCCACCACCACAACUACCAGGACCACACAGACACACUUAAUGGAUUAUGAUUAUUGAAAGCCUAGCAGCAGGUUUAAGCCAUUGGCACCUGCGAAGUGUAGAAGUUGAGUAGCUGUAUUAAUAGUAGAGGUAUGUACAUUGUUGGAUUCUCUGAGGAAAGCACAUCCAUGCCUUGCUUUCAGAUUUUGAUGACCUUACAUUGUAAUGGAUUGGGAGUGUAAUCCCAUGUUUCCGUGCUUCCAGAAAGUCAUUUUUAUACUGGAGAGAACAAACAUGUUAAAUCAAUUAGAUGCCUUUCUAGGGAAUUUAUUGCAUUUCAUGCUUGAUCUAAUGUAGCUCUUCUACAGUACUGCUACUUAAACCUAGAUACGCCAGAGCAUAUUUUUGUGCAUUUUCUUACUUGUAUUCAAACUCUGUAGGAUAUCAAAAAGUCUGCAUCUUCUAAAAAGAGAUAUUUUCUCAAAGAUAUGUUUUACAUGCAUUACACGUAUCACCUCAUGGUACUACUUUCAUAGGUUUACGAUAAAUGUUUUCAUACCUUUAACUACACGUCAUCAGUGCAACGAUUGUAGCAACCUCAAUGAAUGUGGCUGUGGAAAAUACCAACAGAACAGUAAAGCUCCUUUUGGUUUUCUAUACUUGUGCCAAAUGUAGGAGAAUGGGAGACCAACUUAAACUGUGUCCUUAAAUAUGCUGUUCUUUAGCGGAACAGCCCCGUGUUGACUCCAAAGUCGUUGAAUCAAAAGCCUGGUCUGAGAGAUGUUUAGUUUUUCAUUACAAAUCUUGACUUUAUGGGAAGAAAUGCGAGUCAGUGCCUAAAAAUGACCUCUCUCACAGAUCCCUUAUAUAUUAUAUUUUCAGUUGUGUAGUUAUUUUUGAUGUGCUUUGAAAAUCGUUAAAUCCACAUGAUGGUUGGCACUCGAAAUCCGUUGCCAUGGCUGUCGCGAGUAAAUUCAAAUCCCCUCAUUGUUUGCAGUCAAACAGAAAAAAAGUGUUGAGCCCUCUCUUUGUCCGCGGUGCUGCCAGAAGCAGCAGGUAGCCAGGAUCCUCAGGUUUUUCACACUCGCCAAGCCCUGCUGAACACCCCCACUCUCCCCACAGCGCCUGGCCAGCGUCACUCCUGCUGUUUUCCACCUCUGCAGAUCAGAUUCGAAGGUCAUUGUGAAAUGUCACCGCUUUGAUAUAUGCCGGCCAACAUCCUGCAAUAAUCCAAAGUAGAUGUCAUUUAAGUGUGAGCCUAUGAAUUAAAAUCAGUUUUAUUUUCUGUUUGGAGGGUUUAACAUUAGGGCUAACGCAGUGCCAGUUUUCUAGACUUUGCUCUCCUGAUUGGGCUUCUGUUGAAAACAGAUAUUCUGUGGCCUCUUGUGUGUAUUUCACCCAUGUUGCCUGUAAAUAUUUGAACACAUUAUACUCUACACCAGGUGCUCUUAUAUACUUUGCAAACUUGAUCGCUCCUUCUACAGAUUUAGCCUCUGAAUAAUUUACAGUUCAGUUUUUGUUCUCUUUACUCCACUUCUGCAUAUCAUCUCUGCUCGGCAACCAAGCAGACUUGUGCCUGAACGAGUGUGCGAUCGUGUGUGUGCGAGUCAUGCACACGGCAGUUGGAGAGAGAGCAUGUGAUUGCAUGCCAGCAUAUGUGUAUAGCAUGCAUGCAAGAAUACGAGUGUUUGGGAAGCUCAUGUUUGACUCAUACUGUGGCUUCGUGAUUAAUAAUCAGCUGCAUUUCAUUGCAGCCAACUGCCUAGUGAUUGAUUUCUAUACUUAUUACUGCAUAUCUUCCUCUUAAUCUUUUUAUGUGACUGCUAGUAACCCUUAGCAAGAAUAAAUAAUAAAUUAGAUUGUAACAGGCCUGCUUAAGUUAAUGUUGAUUUGACUCAGUAGCCUGUGCCGUACCGUGUGUAGCUACAGACUUUGUAGAUUAGAGCUGCAGAGUCCUUUUCUCAAGGCUUUAAAACAAGGAAGCAGAUAGAAAUCUGCCCUCAGUUUGAACAGUGGAUGCUGUUCGGGCAAUAUUUUAAACCUUUUUACUGUGACACUUUUGCUUUUUUUAAAGCCAUGUCACUAGUAACUAGUGUGAAAAGGUGACCACCUUUUGUUGUAAAUUAAGAUUUUGAACUUUGGCUUCAAGCGAGCAGACUGGUAGCCAUGCAUUCACUGUAAUGUCACUAAAAGUAGCUUGUGUUUUAAAAAAAAAAAUCUUCAAACAUGCUCAUUAUGCCUGAACUGCAGUGAAACUUUGCACCUCUUU